AUGCCCGGUUCAUUAUCGAGUGCCUGCGAAACAUUGACGAGAGUUAUUUUGGCCAAUGUUGGAGCCGCGUUGGGCUAUACCAACACUGCAUCUGUUGCCAACAGGUUCCGUGCCCUUCGCAAGCGGUACGGCUUCACCAAUCUCGAGGCUACGACUAAGCCGACAAAUGCGAGCACUACUUCGACUACUUCUCCCACUGCCCCCUCUGGACAAGGCAAGCGCAAGGGCGCUGGUGCUGGAAGAAAGAAAAACGUGGCCAAAACCGGGGAAUCUGAAGACCCCUUCGUCACGGACAACUCCGAGGCCGAAACUAUUAUCGCGGUUGAGGUUCCCAAGGUCAAGUCAACUCCUAAAAAGGGGGUCAGGAAGGGAGCCAAAGUGACUUCGGCUCCUAUCCCGGCUACUGAUCUUGGACCCACUAAGGGAGACAAGCAUCCUAAGCCAACUUUGGAGCCGAAGAUUAAGACUGAGAAUGUUAAGGAUGAGAGCAUUGACGUUAAUCUUCUUGACGCGGUCAAUGACGCUAUGGUGAAGUAUGAGGACAGCGAGGGCUUCGAAAUGGCGUAG